AACUCUCACCUCCCGGGAGCCAGACAGAGAAGCGGCGCUGGGCGGCAGUCUACAGGAGCCGCCUGCCAGACAUGAGUCGUCCGCUGCUGCUGCCGCUGCUGCUGCUGCUGGCUCCCACCUGCAUCCCAGUCUCCUGGGGCCUUCGGUGCAUGCUGUGUGAGACAAGCGGGCGUUGCCAAGUGGGCGAGUGCCCCCUUGGCCUGGACCUCUGCAGGACCACGGUCCUGCGCAUAUGGGAAGAAGGUGAAGAGCUGGAGAAGGUGGAGAGAGGAUGUGCCCACCCAAAUAAGACCAACAGAACCAUGAGCUACCGAACAGGUUCACAGAUCAUCACCCUUACAGAGGCUGUGUGUGAAUCAGAUCUGUGCAACCAGCCCAAGCCUGAGUUUAAUCUGCUGAUGGAGAUUGGAUCAGAUGUUUAUUUUCACAGAAGUACAAGACAGAGGAUGCCAGCUUCCUCUCUGCUAAAAGUGCUGAAAGAAAGAAGGCGGACUCCCAUCUUCCCCCGAAGCCGGUAUCUCGAAUGUGCUUCCUGUGCCUCGUCAGACAGGAGCUGUGAGAGGGGCCGGCACCAGAGCCUGCAAUGCCGUAACCCUGGAGAACAGUGCCUGGAGGUGGUGACCCACCGGGGCCUGGAAUCAAGUCCAGAGGAUGAGCGCCACUCACGCGGCUGUGGCUACCUCCCUGGCUGCCCAGGCCCCACUGGCUUCCACAACAACCACACCUUCCACUUCCUGCGGUGCUGCAACACCACCAAUUGCAAUGGGGGCCCAGUCCUGGAGCUUGAAAACCUGCCACUGAAUGACUUCCAGUGUUAUAGCUGCGAGGGGAGCAGCACCGAAGAAUGUUCCUCAGACAAGAUUUCCCUCAUCUCCUGCCGAGGCCCCAUGACUCAAUGCCUGGAAGCCACGGGUUCUAAUGGGCUGGGGGCCCCAAGCUACACAGUGAGAGGCUGUGCUGCCCCCUCAUGGUGCCAAGACCUCCACAUGGCCGAAACCUUCAGCCUGACCCAUGUCAAUGUCUCGUGCUGUUCUGGAAAUGGCUGUAACCACCCAGCCCGGGACACCCAACCCCGCAUAGGGGGUGCCCCCCGACCUGGCACCACCCACCUCAGUCUCACCAUCACCCUGCUUAUGACAGCAAGACUAUGGGGAGGCACUCUCCUCUGGACCUGAACCCAGAAGCACCCCUACCCUGGCUGGAUCCAGUGGACCCCUUUGCCCUUUCCUCAGCUCCUAGCCUUGCAGACUUGCUGUGUGACCUCAGGCCAGUGUUCUGUCCUUUCUGGGCCUCAGUUUUCCCAGCCAUCAAAAUGCCUACCUCACAGAGUUGUCAUGAAAACCAGAGGAGGAAAGCUGGAGAAAGGCUGCGGGCCAGUGGGAGAACUCGUUAUUAUUCAUAUUGUUACCGCUAUUGUUAUUAUGAAUUAAUAUUUUUAUUAUUUAAUAUUUUAUACUUCAUAAAUAAAGAUUUUUGUACCAAUGAACAAGGCCAGGUCUGCUGUUCUCCAUUGUGUCUCUCUUUGGGAGGAUAAAUGGCGGGAGGGGGGCACCUUUCCACAGACUCAUGGCAAUAGAGGUCAUGUUGUAGAACCCGGGAGUCCCUAGGUGGUGCAAACAGUUAAGUGCUUGUGUACUAAUCAAAAGGUUGGUGGUUCGAGUCCACCCAGAGCCACCUUGCAAGAAAGGCCUGGCGAUCUACGUCCAAAAAAUCAGCCAUUGAAAAUCCUGUGGAGUACUGACACACAUGGAAUCGCUGUGAGUCAGAUUCAACUCAACAGCCACAAGUUUUUUGAGUUUUUUUUUUUUUUUCCAGGACCCAGGCAUUUGAGGCCCCUAGAAACAGUUCCAUCAGGGUUUCCACCCUAAGAUACCUCCACAUCUAUUUCUGGGCCCCAAAUGCAACCCUCCAACUCACCCACCCAAGCACUAACCUUCUGGUCUCUUCUCCCAACCCCCAAAGGUCAGGACUGCUUUGUUGUUCUAGGGAGGCAUAUCUGCAUUUCCCAUGGGGUUCUGGGACAGAAGGUGGGAAAAGAACUACAGAAGAUGAACUGAUGGCCAAAACUCUUGAUGCAUUCCCGUGGGGAAUAAGGACUACGUGUCCCCCGGUGUCCUGGGGGCAGGGGGAUAAAGGCUGGACUAUAUUUCCCAGAAAGCCCCAGGACUGAUAGAGAAAAAGACAGAACUAUAAUUUCAGUGGCAGUCUCGGAGUACAAUAUUGAUAGAAUUCAUGUUGCCCAUGGUCCCUUGAGGUAACCCAUAGAGACAAAAUUACAUACCUCGUGGGGCCCUGUGACUAAUGAAGAAAAAGAUAGGAUAUCUUCCAUGGUAUUUGGGGACAGAUGAGGGACAGGACUUCUUUUUAGGGCUUCCUCAAAUCACAUAUCACUACCUGUCAUUCUGGUGGCAUAAAGAGAUGGGGUCUGUGUCUCCGCCUUUUGAUUACUGCGACCCUGUGACUGCUUUGAGUCCAGGUGGUGCAGCAGUUAACACACUUGGCUACUAAUCAAAAGGUUGGUGGUUUGAGUCCAACCAGAGGCAUCUUGAAGAAAGGCCUGACAAUUUACUUCCCAAAAAUCACCAUUGAAAGAAAGCCCUAGGGAGCGCAGCUCUACUCUGACACACAUGGACUUUCCAUGAGUCCAAGUUGACUCAAUGGCAACUGAUUUGGUUUUGGUGAUGGUGAUGGCCUUCAUCAGUGGAAUGUGCUGGAAGCUUGCUGUGUCAGUUGCUGGGCCCAGGCUUUUUUUUUUUUUUAAUGGUGAAAAUAUAAGCACCGAAACAUUGGCGAACACAAUAACUUUGACGUUUACAACUCAAUGACAUUGAUUACACUUUUCUUGUUGUGCCACCAAAAUAUUCCACCACAAUCAACAUAAACUCAGUGUCUCUCAAGAAAACUCCCUCUUCCCCCCGUCUCCCUCCUCCACCCCGUAACAAUCCAUAAUCUUUGGUUUCUCUGUAUUUUCUUAUUUCACGUAACUGAGCUCAUGUAGUAUUUGCCCUUCUGUGACUGACUUGUCUCACUCAGCAUGAUGUUUUCAAGGUUCAUCCAUGGAGUGGCAUGCAUGACUUCAUUUCUCUCUAUGGCUGCAUGAUACUCCAUUGUAAGUACAGUAUAUACCACAUUUUGUUUAUCCAUUCUUCUUUGGAGGGGACAUUUUGGUUGUUUACACCUUUGGGCUAUCGUGAAAAGGGCUGCAAUGAACAUUGUGUACAGAUUUCUGUUUGCUUUCCUGCCUUCACUUCUUCUGGGCAUAUGCCUAAGAUACAGUAGUUCUAUGUUCAACUUUUUAAGGAACCACCAAACUUUUUCACAGCAGCUGCACCAUUUUACAUUGUGGUUUUGAUUUGUGUCUCCCUAAUGUCUAAUGGUGUAUUCCUUCCAUCUUCUUUUGAAGCUUCCUGCUUCAUUUAAUAUUUUCCCCAUAGAAUCCUCUAUUAUUGCAACUCGAGGCUUGAAUUUUUUCUUCAGUUCUUUCAGCUUGAGAAACACCAAGCGUAUUCUUCCCUUUUGGUUUUCCAUCUCCAGCUCUUUGUACAUGUCAUUAUAAUACUUUACUUUGUCUUCUCGAGCCGCCCUUUGAAAUCUUCUGUUCAGUUCUUUUACUUCAUGAAUUCUUCCUUUUGCUUUAGCUGUUCGACGUUCGAGAGCAAGUUUCAGAGUCUCCUCUGACAUUCAUCUUGGUCUUUUCUUUCUUUCCUGUCUUUUCAAUGACCUCCUGCUUUCUUCAUGUAAGAUGUCCUUGAUGUCAUCCCACAAUUCAUCUGGUCUUUGGUCACCAGUGAUCAGUGCAUCAAACCUAUUCUUGAGAUGGUCUCUAAAUUCAGGUGGGCUAUACUCAAGGUCAUAUUUUGGCUCUUGUGGACUUGCUCUGAUUUUCUUCAGUUUCAGCUUGAGCUUGCAUAUGAGCAAUUGAUGGUCCAUUCCACAGUCGGUCCCGGCCUUGUUCUGACUGAUGAUAUUGAGCUUUUCCAUCGUCUCUUUCCACAGAUGUAGUUUUAUUGACUAUGCAAAGGCAUUCGACUGUGUGGAUCAUAACAAAUUAUGGAUAACAUUGCCAAGAAUGGGAAUUCCAGAACACUUAAUUGUGCUCAUGAGGAACCUUUACAUAGAUCAAGAGGGAGUUGUUCGGACAGAACAAGCGGAUACUGAUUGGUUUAAAGUCAGGAAAGGUGUGCACCAGGGUUGUAUUCUUUCACCAUACCUAUUCAAUCUGUGUGCUGAGCAAAUAAUCCGAGAAGCUGAAGAAGAAUGGGGCACCAGGAUUGGAGGAAGACUCAUUAACAACCUGCGUUAUGCAGAUGACACAACCUUGCUUGCUGAAAGUGAAGAGGACUUGAAGCACUUACUAAUGAAGAUCAAAGACCACAGCUUUCAGUACGGAUACACCUCAACAUAAAGAAAACAAAAAUCCUCACAAAUGGACCAAUGAGCAACAUCAUGAUAAAUGGAGAAAAGAUUGAAGUUGUCAAGGAUUUCAUUUUACUUGAAUCCACAAUCAACAGCCGUGGAAGCAGCAGUCAAGAAAUCAAAAGACGCAUUGCAUUGGGUAAAUCUGCUGCAAAGGACCUCUUUAAAGUGUUGAAGAGCAAAGAUGUCACCCUGAAGACUAAGGUGCGCCUGACCCAAGCCAUGGUAUUUUCAAUCGCAUCCUAUGCAUGUGAAACCUGGACAAUGAAUAAGGAAGACCGAAGAAGAGCUGACACCUUUGAAUUGUGGUGUUGGCAAAGAAUAUUGAAUAUACCAUGGACUGCCAGAAGAAUGAAUAAAUCUGUCUUGGAAGAAGUAUAACCAGAAUGCUCCUUAGAAGCAAGGAUGGCGAGACUGCGUCUUACAUACUUUGGACAUGUUGUCAGGAGGGAUCAGUCCCUGGAAAAGGACAUCAUGCUUGGCAGAGCACAGGGUCAGCAGAAAAGAGGAAGACCCUCAAUGAGGUGGAUUGACACAGUGGCUGCAACAAUGGACUCAAGCAUAACAACGAUUAUAAGGAUGGUGCAGGACCGGGCAGUGUUUCGUUCUGUUGUGCAUGGGGUCACUAUGAGUCGGAACCGACUCGACAGCACUAACAACAACAACAACGUUUAAUGAUGUUGAACAUCUUUUCAUGUGCUUGUUGGCCAUUUUGGGUCCAGGCUUGAAACCAAAAACCAGUUGUCAUUGGCGGCCCCAGGUUUUUCAAGGCAGAAUUGCACUCCAUAGAGUUUUCAUGGCUGUGACUUUUUAGAAGCAGAUCUCCAGGCCUUUCUUCCGAGGUGCCACUGAGGGGUUCAAAUGGCCAACCUUCUGGUUAGUAGCUGAGUGUGUAGCUGUUUGUGACACCCAGAAACUUCAGGAAACUGUAAUCUUCCACUUUUUGAAUCUUGGAAUGCUCACUUUGGAGAAGCCAGCUGCCAUGUAAAAGUCCUACUACCCUUAAACUGCCAUGCUGUGAGGAAGCCCAAGCUAGUCAUGCAUAGAUACCUUAUGAAGAGAGAGCCUCGGCUGUUCCAGCAUCUCAUCCCAGCCACCAGACAACUGAGUGGAAGAGCUACCUUGAACAUUACGGCCCCAGCAGGUGUGAUGUGUGGAAGAACUGGGGAACUCAGCUGUCGUGAAUUGAAUUGUGUCCCCCAGAAAUAUCUGUCAACUUGACUAGGUCAUGAUUCCCAGUAUUGUAUGAUUGUCUACCCUUUUGUCAUCUGAUGUGAUUUCUUCAUGUGUUGUAAAUCCUACCACUAUGAUGUAAUGAAAUGGAUUAGUGGCAGUUAUAUUGAUGAGAUCUACAAGAUUAGAUAGUGUCUUAAGCCAAUCUCUUCUGAGAUAUAAAAGAGAGAAGUGAUCUUUGAUGGUUACGAGGGAGGGGAGGGGUGGGAUGGGAAAACACUUAACAGACAAUAGAUUAGUGGAAAUUUUGGUGAAGGGUAAGACAGUACACAAUACUGGGGAAGUCGGCACAACCUGUACAAUGCAAGGUCAUGGUAGCUCCAUAGACACAUCCAAACUCCCUGAGGGACCAAAAUGCUGGGCUGAGGGCCGUGGGGACCAUGGUCUCGGGGAACAUCUAGCUCAACUGGCAUGACAUAGUUUAUAAAGAAAAUGUCCUACAUUCUACAUUGGUGAGUAGCGUCUGGGAUCUUAAAAGCCUGUGAGAGGCCAUCUAGGAUACUCCACUGGUCUCACCCCUUCCAGAGCAAGGAAGAAUUAAAAAAACUAAAGAUACAAGGGAAAGAUUAGUCCAAGGACUAAUGGACCACAUCUACCACAGCCUCCACCAGACUGAGACCAGAACAAUGAGAUGGUGACCUGCUACCACCACUGACUGCUCUGACAGAGAUCACAAUAGAGGGUCCCAGGCAGAGCUGGAGAAAAAUGUAGAAUAAAAUUCUAACUCCAAAAGAAAAACCAGACUUGCUGGCCUGACAGAGACUGGAGAAACCCUGAGAGUAUGGACCCCAGACACCCUUUCAGCUCAGUAAUGGGGUCACUCCUGAGGCUCACCCUUCAGCCAAAGAUUGAACAGGCCCACGGAACGAAACAAGACUAAGGGAGCGCACCAGCCCUGGGGCAGGGAAUGAAAUGUAGGAGGGAACAGGAAAGCUGGUAAUAGGGAACCCAGGGUUGAGAAGGGAGAGUGGUGACACCUUUUGGUGUUGUUAACCAAUGUCAUAGAACAAUGUGUGUACUAACUGUUUGAUGAGAAACUAGUUUGUUCUGUAAACCUUUAUCUAAAGUAAAAUUAAAAAAAAAGGAAAAGAAGAGAAGAGCAGAGAGACAUGGGGACCUCAUACCACCAAGAAAGCAGUGCCGGGAGCAGAGCACGUCCUUUGGACCCAGGGUCCCUGCGCCUUAGAAGCUCCUUGACUAGGGGAAGAUUGAAGACAAGGACCUUCUUCCAGAACCAACAGAGAGAGAAAGCUUACCGUGGGAGCUGACGCCCUGAAUUUGGACUUGUAGCCUACUAGACCUCAAGAGAAUAAAUUUCUGUUUGUUAAAGCCAUCCACUUGUGGUAUUCCUAUUAUAGGAGCACUAGAUGACUAAGAUACCAGCCCACAGCCAGAAACAAGGGCUCCAGAUACAUGGCACCAGAUGAACCAUCCCAUCCAUUUCCAGUUGUUCGAACCAGCCCAUUUUGGACCCCAGUACAUUGUGGACCACAUACACGCCAAUCCCACUGUACCUUGCUCAGAUUCCUGACCCACAGAAUCAUAAGCAUAAUAUGGUUGCGGUCUUAUGCCACUAAGUUUUAGGGUAUUUUCUUAUGCAAACGAUGGCUAAUUAGAACACUCCUUUUUUGUUUGUUUGUUUUUAUUUACCUCUUCCCGCCAUAAUCUCCAUGGAGGGCAAGGCCUUUUACUUGCUCACUCCUGUAUUCCCAGUGCCUAGAACAGUGCCUGAAACAUGGCAGGUGAUGAAGAAGAAAAGAGGGAAGGAAGAAAGGAAGGAAGGAAAAACUACAUCUUCUAUAGUGACUUACAACAAAAAUGGGGCCUGGAUGACAUGGCUCAUGAUGCCCUAUACAGCAGAGGUGAGGCUAAAGUGACAUUUUGUGAGAUGCUGCAUAGUGAAAAUUGAAGAUAGUUUCACAUUUUCCAUGAUCUUCUACAACAGAGAUUGGAGGCUAGAAGUACAACUACCAUGAUGCCCUCCACCAAGAAUGCAGCCAGAAAUGUAUCUCCCAUGAGUCCCUAGAGCCAAUAUUGAGGCUAGGGAUACACGUCCCACAAUGCCCUACAGCAUAGAUUGGAGGCUAGGAGUAUUUCCCAUGGUGCUUUACAGCCGGGAUUAAGGCUAGGACUGUAUCUCCCAUGAGACCCUAUAGCAGAGAUUGGAGGCUAGUAUUACAUUUCCUAGAGUCCCAAGGUGGCUCAAAUGGUUCGGCGUGCAAAAGGUUGGCAGUUUGAACCCACCCAGAGGCUCCUCGGAAGACAAGCUUGGCGAUCUGCUUUCGAAGCUCACAACCUUGAAAACCCGAAAGAGCAAUUCUACACUAAACACAUGGGGUCACCAUAAGUCAGAAUCAAGUAAAUGGCAAUUAAAAGCAACAAUGUUACAUGUCCCAUGAUGCCCUACAGGAUAGAAAUACAUGUCCCAUGAUGCCCUACAGCAGAUGUGGAGGCUAGGAAUACAUUUCCCACGAUGCUUUACAGCAAGGCUUGUGAUCACAACCUCAUCCUUCACAGCUCCCAAGUUUUUGUUCAGGGAUCUUCAGCUGCAAGAAAUAAAAUCUGUUUGAGCUGACUUAAGCAAAAUAUGACAAAUUAUUGGAAGGGACAAUCUUACAGAGACAGAAAACAGAGUUGAAAAACUAUGUGAAAUCAAGGUCAUCUCCCCUUCUUGCAGAAUCUCCCUGCCUCUCUGGGUCUCUGUCUCUCACUGUUAACUUGUCUUUUUACUUCUGGGCUUACACUUUAUUUUUCUGUCUCUCCACAGACUACCUUCCUCUGCUUCACACAGAGUAGCCACAUAUGCCCACUGAGAUGCCAAGUACUAAGAAUCACUUGAGUCCCAGUUCUAAAAUUUUAGCCAAGAGACUCUGAUAGAGUGCAAUUUGGGUCAGGGGCUGCCUGUGGCCGCCUCCCGCUACAGUCAGGGAAGUUCACAUUAAAGCCACCAUAGAUGGAUGUUGGGGUCAUACACAGCCAUCCACUGCUCCUGAGGUUCUCGUGGUAUGUAGCUCACUCAGCCAGGGCUGGGAAAAGACUCUGUGAGAGAGAUCCUGCUACAGGGGUGAGAGAGAAGCUGAAGGAGCAAACAGUAUCGCUUACCAAAAACAAAAACAAAACCCGCUGCCAUCAAGUGGAUUCUGACUCAUGGCGACCCCAUGUGAUCCAGGGUAGAACUGCACCCUGUGGGGUUUUCAAUGUCUGUAAUCUUACGGAAAGGUCCCUGGGUAGUGCAAGCAGUUUGUGCUCAUCUAUUAACCAAAAGUUUGGUGGUUCGAACCCACCCAGUGGUGUCACAGAACAAAGGCCUGGUGACCUGCUUCCAUAAAGAUUACGUGAUGGAGCUAUGGAGCUCAGAUCUACUCUGGAACACAUGGGUCACCAUGAGUCAGAAUGGACUCGAUGGCAACAGGUUUUGUUUUUUUUUUUUUGUAAUCUUACGGAAGCAGAUCACCAGGCCUUUCUUCCGUGGCACCGCUAGAAUGUUUUAAUCUGCGAGAAAGGCUCUCUCCAUUCUAUGUGAAUCAUGGGCAAUAUGGUGGCCAAGGCUGCACAUAACAGAACAUUCAACUCAAAAUGGCUAAAACAAAGAUGAAAUAAAUGAUCUGGAAUAACAAGAGACGGCAAAUUAUGGCAGUUCAAGGAUUCCACCAGUUCCUAAGGGACCCAUUCAGGCUGGUCUAUCUCAUGGCCUCAAGGUGACUGCUGCAGUUCCAGACAUCACAACCACAUCCAGAGCCAAUAACAAAGAGGCCAUUUUUUCUUGGGUCUUUUUUUAAAAAACAAGGAAAGCUUACCCCCAAACAUCCUUUUAGACUUGCCCUCCUGUUGGCCUGACUUGUUUCAUAUUUCCAUGCCUAAAGCAAUCACUAGAGGAGAGCCUGAGACCACAAUCUUUGGCAAAGUAUACUCCUGGGCUUCCCCCCAAGUCGCCUGACUAUUAGAGAAAGGUGAAUGAACCAAAUCAGAAUUCUCUUAGGAAGAAACAAAAAAACCAAAACCAAACCCCAUUGCUGUCAAGUCGAUGCCAACUCAUAGUGACCCUGUAGGACAGACAAAACUGCCUCACAGGGUUUCCAAGGCUGUCAUCUUUAUGGAAGCUGACUGCCACAUCUUUCUCCCACGGAGUGGCUCGCGGGUUCAAACUGCCAACCUUUUAGCUAGCAGCCGAGCGCUUAGCCACCGUGUCACCAGGGCUCUUUUCAGGAAGAAGCAAAGGGGGAGGGAAUGAUACUGGAUCAGGAUCUCAUCUUUUAUAGCUUUCAAGUUUUUGUCCACGGAUUUUCAGUCUCAAGAAACAAAAUCUAUUUCAGCUGACUUAAGCAAAAAUGACAACUUCAUUGGAAGAGUCCAAACAAGAGCUAGGUACCAGACAUCACCAGGGACAGAAAACAAAGUCUGCACCAUCCCAAGAUUUCAAGGCCUCAAGAAUGAUUAACUCAUGGCCUGCAGCCCACAUAGCUUUUAGGAACCUAUUCUUUGCCCCCUAAAUGGUAGGCAUAAUAGCUAUCUCCCCAGUAUCCAUUUCUGCUCAAGAAAGCUGAUUUCACCUCUGACCCCAGGCUGGAGCCUCAGGUUCUUGUCUAAUUUAAUCAGCAUAAUCCCACCCCCUGGCCAUAUUUAUUCGUUCAGGGAUAGGUGCAUAGCACCAUUUGGGCCACUAAGGCACAAUGAAAGGUUUGUCAGAGGUUUCGGGAAAAAAAAAUUUUUUUUUUUUCUGGGGGGGAAAAGUCUCUGAGUCGUGCAAAAGAUUAUUUAUUAUUGCACUGGUUCAAGUCCACCCAGAGGUGCCUCAGAAAAAAGGCCUGGGGAUCUACUUCCGGAAAAUCAGUCACUGAAAACCCUGUGCAGAACAGGUCUGCUCUGAUACACAUGGGGUUGCCAUGAGUCAGAAUCAAGUUAAUGCCAACUGGUUCUGGGGGGAAGAAAAGGUUUCCCACCCUGCUCACGGAAUUAAAGUCUGUUUUUUCUCUCCCUUCUCUUCCCCUCUCAGGCUUCCUUAGUCAGCUCUCUCAGUCUGUCUGUUUCUGUCCCUCUUGUUAUUGUUAGGAGCCCUGGCAGCACAGUGGUUAAAGCAUUCAGCUGCUCACCAAAGUGUCGGUGGUUGGAACCCACCAGCCAUUCCGUGGGAGAAAGACGUGGCAAGUCAGCUUCACAGCCUUGGAAACCCUAUGGGGCAGGUCUCCUCUGUCCUACAGGGUCACCCGCAGUGGGUUUGGUUUGGUUUUGGUUAUGAUUGUUAGUGGAUUCUGGCUCACAGCGACCCCAUGUGUUACAGAAUAGAACUGCUCCAUAGGGUUUUCUUGGCUGUAAUCUUUACAGAAGCAGGUCACCAAGCCUAUUUUUCAAGGGUGGGUUCCUUUAAUUUAGCAGUCGAGCGCAAACUAAUUGCACUACCUAGGAACCUUUUCUCUCCCUACUCCCCAAAUGUGAAGAAAUGUGACCCCAGAACUUUUGCCAGCCAUCUUGCAACACAAGGAGGAGCCAUACAACCUCAGGACAGAGUGAUGGACAGGCCAUGCCAAAGCCAAAAAAAAACACACACACACACAAAAAAACCCCUUGCCAUCGACUGGAUUCCGACUCAUAGUGACCCUAGAGGUCAGAGUAGAACUGCCCCAAAGAGUUUCCAAGGAGUGCAUGGUGGAUUUGAACUGCCGAACUUUUCAUUAGCAGCUGUAGCACCUAACCACUACACCACCAGGGUUUCUAUGCCAAAGCCAGCCAUCCGUAUGUAACUCUGUUAUGUGAUCUAAUUCCCAUUAUCUUAAGCCAGUUUGGGUUGGAUUUGCUGUCAUUUGCACGAAAAUCCUAAUGGAUAUAGUAACCUGGAGUAGGAUGGAAAUUGGACCACCACUCUUAUGGUGCCCUCAGGUGGAGAAAUGGUGGGACCCAAAUGUCACAUAUGAACCAAACCAACAUCUCCCAGGGUGCCCUGCGGCUGGGCCAAGAGACACUAGUUAGAACCCUGAGCAAGGGGGCGUAUAGGUUCUUGGGGAAAAAAAAAACUAUCAGCUACCCCCUGAACGGGUAUCCUGAAUCCAGGUCAAACACAUCUCUGCCUCUUAUCCUAACUCAUACAAGGUGAGCCCUGGAAGGAGGAGUAGAUAUUAUCCAGCCUGACCACCUCCUCCUACAGCUUGCUGUUGCUGUUAGUUGUUAAGUAGUGGAUUCUGACUCAUGGCAACCCCAUGUGUUACAGAGUAAAACUGCUCCAUAGGGUUUUCUUGGUUGUAAUUUUUAGAAGGAGGACAGAAGAAUUGACGCCUUUGAAUUGUGGUGUUGGCGAAGAAUAUUGAAUAUACAUACCAUGGACUGCCAAAAGAAUGAACAAAUCUGUUGUAGAAGAAGUACAACCAGAAUGCUCCUUAGAAGCAAGGAUGGCGAGACUGUAUCUUACAUACUUUGGACAUGUUGUCAGAAGGGAUCAGUCCCUGGAGAAGGACAUCAUGCUUGGCAAAGUACAGGGUCAGUGGAAAAGAGGAAGACCCUCAACGAGGUGGACUGACACAGUGGCUGCGACAACGAGCUCAAGCGUAACAACGAUUGUAAGGAUGGCUCAGGACCAGGCAGUGUUUCGUUCUGUUGUGCAUAGGGUCAGUAUGAGUCGGAACAGACUCGAUGGCACCUAACAACAACAACAGUUUUUACAGAAGCGUAUCACCAGGCCUUUAUUUCCAUGGUACCACUGGAUGGGUAUGAACCACCAACCUUUAGGUUAGCAGUCAGAAAGAUGUGGCAGUCUGCUCCCAUAAAGAUUAAAAAAAAAAAAAAUCCUAUGGGGCAGUUAUACUCUGUCCUAUAGGGUCGCUAAGAGUGAGAAUCAACUCAACGGCAAUGG